CAGUGCAAACAUGGUACAAAGGGAAAACGAUCUUUGUCACCGGUGGCUCCGGAUUUAUGGGCAAGGUGCUGCUGGAAAAAUUGUUGUACUCUUGUUCGGACCUCGAGCGUAUCUAUGUCCUGAUGCGACCGAAGCGUGGCAAAUCCCCACAAACUCGUAUUGACGAUUGGUUGAAGUUACCGGUCUUCAAGCGAAUUCGGGAGGAAAAACCGGAAGUAUAUAAAAAGCUCGUAGCGAUACCGGGUGAUGUGACAUCCGAAAAGCUUGGCAUAAGUCCGGAAGACGAAAAACUGCUGAUCGAAAAUGCGGAGAUCGUUUUUCACUGUGCGGCCACGUUAAAGCUGGAAGCCCAGCUGAAGGAUGCGAUCGAGAUGAACACGAUCGGUACGAAGCGAAUCCUUGAUCUUUGUCAGCAGAUGAAGCGCCUGAAGGCGUUGCUGCAUUUAUCCACCGCUUUCUGCUACUGCGACAAGGAAGUGCUCACCGAAAAGGUGCACGAUUUCCAUCACAAUCCGUACGAUCUGAUGCGUACCGUGGAGUGGAUGGAUGAGAAGGCGCUCAACAUGAUCACCCCGAACUUACUCAAGCCUCAUCCAAACACAUACACAUAUUCGAAGCGGUUGGCCGAAAUGCUGGUUCGCGAUGCUUACCCCAAUCUGCGCGUUUGCGUCGUUCGACCCAGCAUCGUUUGUCCUGCCAAUGCGGAACCGGUCGAAGGAUGGGUAGACAGUUUGAACGGACCCGUUGGCAUUAUGGUGGCCGGUGGAAAGGGCAUCAUCCGAUCUAUGUUGUGCAACGCCGAGUACAACGCAGAGGUCAUACCCGUCGAUUUGGCCAUCAAUGGGCUCAUCACGAUAGCAUACACUUUGGGCCAGAUGGAAGAAAUGCCUCCGGAAAUACCAGUGUACAAUAUCACGUGCCGUGAGACGAAGCGAACCACCUGGAAGGAAGUAUUGGACUUGGGCAAGGCAACUGCCUAUGAGUAUCCGUUUGAGGCCGGUGUAUGGUAUCCUGAUGGAGAUAUAACGAUGAACAAAACGUACCACACCAUAUGUGUCAUGCUUUUCCAUUGGUUGCCGGCGUACUUCAUCGAUUUUCUAAUGUUCUGCUUUGGUCAGAAACGAUUCAUGUGCCGCAUACAGAACAUGGUGUCGGAGGGUUUGAACCUGCUGCAGUUCUUCACAACGCGUCAAUGGGAUUUCAAAUCGAUGCAUUAUCAAGCGAUCGCGAAGGGUCUGUCACCGGAGGAUAACGUUAUCUUCACGAUGGACACCGAUGCUAUCAACACCAAGGAUUACCUUCGGCGGAUCAUUCUCGGUGGUCGACAGUUCUGUAUGAGGGAACCUCUGUCUACGUUGCCUAAGGCGCGCAUACAGUUGAAAUUUUUGUAUGUGCUCGAUAAAGUCGCCAAAGCUUUCAUGAUAUGGUUGCUGCUAACUGUCACCGGUUUGAAGACGCCGAUCUACGAAAUGCUUGGAUGGGCGUAAAUUGGUUCCCGCUCAGUCCCGCCUCUUAUCAUUUCCUUCGAAAAUACUCUACUAGGAACGGUGUAUUCUUGUUGCAGAGGCUUCCAUAGCUCUGUAUGUGUUUUUGUUACCAUUUUCCCGUUUUUAUUCGUCUCAUGCAAUAAAGAAAUAAAAUAAAAACCU